GUCUGCGACUUCGGAGUAUAUACCAGAGAUAAAAAAUGAAUUUGGAUUCCUGGAAAAAUCGGGGAGCUGAAAUGCUUAAGACUGGUCUCUUUUGCGAUAUUUUUAUUCUUGUUGAGGACGUAAAAUUUCCUUGUCACCGAUUUAUGCUGGCCCGUGCUUCAGAAUUUUUUGAAAAAAUGUUUCAAAGAGAUGGUAUAGACACGGGAGUAGUGCGUUUGGAGGACACGACCUCUACAGUGUUUCAAAUUAUUCGGAAUUUUAUUUACACAGAGAAGACGGAGCUCUUGACCGGCCUUGAUUAUAAAACAUUAGUAAAAGUUCUGCAGAACGCGAAUAUGUGGCUAAUAAGUGAAGUUGAAGAAAUUUGCAUAGACCUUCUUAGAAAAGAAGCACAAAAAAUGAAACCGGAAAUCUUGGUAGAAAUGUAUGCUAUAUUUUACCUACUAAAUAACAAGAGUUUUUUGAAUGAGAUUAUUAAGAGUCAAAUGCAGGAAAGUCUUUUGGCUGCCAACCGACAUGCCAACCGAAACUGGCCAUUGUCCUGCGAGGCCGAAAAGGCAGCAGCAAUCUCAUCAAGAAGUCGUCGCCGCCUGAUCAUUAUCUCGCAGGACGAGGCUCUGGACAAUCCGGAUAUACUCGGCGAGGAUACGGGGACGGGACAAAGCUGGCAAAAGGGACUCUGGUCUCGGCCGAAAAGCCAAAGACAAACACAAGGCGCAAAUCGAAAUCUCUGGCUGGAAAGGAAGUUUUGA